AUGUUCUGUGCUGGAAUGCCAAGAAAUCUAUGGCCUACAUGCAAUUUAUAUCGUGGUACUUUGCACAGAUCAGAACCUAUAGAGCCCGGCAAUACUUGAAUUUUGAUAAUUGUUACAUGCAUCAAGUCUGUUAACUAUGCUACAAUUAAAGAGAUAAUCGGUGAAAAUUGGAGAAUUUUGUCAAGAUUAAAUAAUUACCGUUUUUAAUGUCGUUACACAGAACACAAAACAAGGUGACACGGCGACACUAGCGCCAAGCUGGAACAACUUUGUAAGUGCGGUUUGUUAUAUGCUCUAGUAUUGUGCAGUUCAUUUAUUAAACAUGGUUUAUUAAGAUUUGUUAAUGUAUUGAUAAAUAUAGUUCAUUGUUAUUAAUCUGAGUGAAGUUGAAUUAACAGCUUUCUACUUUGGGUACUAAAUUUCAAAUAGUUCAAAAUCAACAGCAUAAUAUUUGUCUGAUUUUGGUUAACCUUAAAUAACAACACGUGUUCCGGCAAUAAGCUUGAGAAAGCAUGGAAGAUACUCUUAAAACUAAAAAGAAAAAAUCCACAGAAUUGGAUGUAAGCAAAGUACAAACAGAAAACCAUUUUUCACUCAAGUCAUCGGAUAAAUUACCUAAGCUUGAUGCCUCAAAUUGGCCCCUUUUAUUGAAGCAUUUUGAUCGUUUAAAUGUAAGGACUAAUCAUUACGUUCCAAUAACAUCUGGAUCAUCUCCAUUGAAGAGAGACAUUUCAGAAUAUGUAAAAUCUGGAUUUAUUAAUCUUGAUAAACCAAGUAAUCCCAGCAGUCAUGAAGUAGUUGCUUGGAUCAAAAGAAUUUUACGAGUAGAAAAAACUGGACAUUCUGGAACCCUUGAUCCAAAAACCACGGGUUGUCUUAUUGUUUGUAUUGAAAGAGCAACCCGUUUGGUUAAAUCCCAACAAGCCGCAGGUAAAGAGUAUGUAUCAGUUUUCAAACUUCAUUCAGCAGUAGAGUUCAAGAAAGUGGUUCAAUCUCUUGAAAAGCUUAAAGGUGCAUUGUUUCAAAGGCCACCUUUAAUAUCUGCUGUUAAAAGACAGUUGAGAGUUAGAACUGUGUAUGAUAGUAAAUUACUGGAUUAUGAUGAAACUAGAAAUAUGGGCGUUUUCUGGGUAAAAUGUGAAGCAGGCUCUUAUAUCCGUACUAUGUGUGUUCAUUUAGGAUUAUUAUCUGGUGCAGGAGGACAAAUGUUGGAAUUAAGACGAGUAAGAUCAGGAAUACAGGGAGAAAUGGAUGAUACAGCUACAUUACAUGAUAUCUUAGAUGCACAGUGGUUAUUAGAUAAUCACAAAGAUGAAUCUUACCUUAGAAGAGUUAUUAAACCAUUAGAAGGUUUAUUAGUGCAACACAAAAGAAUAAUCAUGAAAGAUAGUUCUGUAAAUGCAGUGUGUUAUGGUGCUAAAAUUUUAAUUCCUGGUAUACUUCGAUUUGAAGAUGGGAUUGAAUUGAAUGAAGAAAUAGUUAUAGUGACAACUAAAGGUGAAGCUGUAGCAUUAGCUAUAGCUUUAAUGACCACAUCAACAAUAGCCAGUUGUUCGCAUGGUGUGGCUGCCAAAAUAAAAAGGGUAAUUAUGGAAAGAGACUUAUAUCCAAGAAAAUGGGGUUUAGGACCAAGAGCUAGCCAAAAGAAAAUUCUUAUUGCAAAAGGUCAAUUGGAUAAACAUGGAAAGCCCAAUGAAAAUACACCAAAAGAGUGGUUGAAUAGUUUUGUAGAUUAUUCUGUACCUAAAGAAGUCCAUGAUGAAGCAAAUACUGAAGAGCAGAAAAAACGCAAAUUAAGUAUUUCAUCAAUGAAUACAUCGUUGGAGAAUGUUGAAGAAAAAACUGAAAAAAAGAAAAAGAAGAAAAAAAAAGAUAGAGAAGAAUCAUCAGAACCAGUAACUGAACCUGAGUCAGAAGACGCACUAAAAAAGAAGAAAAAGAAAGGAGAUGAAAGUAUUGCAUCCCAAUAAAUACAAGUGAUUUCUAAUAAACUCAAUAUCAACUUGCAUUUUUUUUUCAAUAUUUGUCAAGCCAA